AGAAAAAGAAAAUUUUUUCCCUUCAGCUUUCCAUUUCAUUAAAUGAUCCGGUUCAAUGGCCGCAAAUUCCUCCCCAAAAUUGAAAUUCAAUAGACUCGUUCCCACACAAAUCUCAGUAUAUAUUUACACAUCAAAGAAAUCACGUUUCUCAUUUGAAUUCAUUCUCUAUCACUUCAAAUUCAAAAUACAGAUCGGGAAGCUGACGACAUAGAAACAAUGACAGAUGCAGAAAAACGUGUGAUACUGGUAGGUUUAGACGAUAGCAGCCAUAGUUACCAUGCUUUGGAGUGGGCGCUUGAUCUAUUCUUCACUCCUUCCGGAUCUAACUCAGGUUUCAAGCUCAUCAUUGUUCAUGCUCGACCCACUCCUACUUCCGUUCUCGGUUUCGCAGGACCCGGGUCCAUUGAAGCGGUGCCAAUGGUGGAGAAGGAUUUGAAGAAGACAGCCAAUAGGGUUAUCAGCAAGGCGAAGGAGAUAUGUAACAGUAAAUCGGUGGAAUGUUCGGAAAUGGAGAUCGUUGAGGGGGAUGCUAGGAACGUCAUGGUGGAAACUGUUGACAAGUACCAUGCGUCUGUUCUGGUUUUGGGCAGCCAUGGAUAUGGAGCUGUAAAGAGGCUGGUACUGGGCAGCGUAAGCGACUACUGUGCUCACCAUGCUCAUUGUUCUGUCAUGAUUGUGAAGCAGCCCAAGGCGCCAAAAACUUGAUGAGCCAUUGCUUCCUUAUAAGACAAGAGAUUUUGUUUCUGUCUUGAUUCCAUUUUUUUAUUCUUCUUCUUUUUUUCUUUUUAACGUGCUUUUUAAUCUACUUUCAUAAUAUAUUAUAUAUAUAUACAUACAUGGAUAUAAUCAUUCUCUGCAGUUCCAUGUAUCCCCAUAGUCUAUUCAAUACAAGUUAAA